AGCCCCGGGCGCCGCCCGCCCGCCGCAGGUGCAGCCACCGCCGCCCCGCGCCCGCCCGGGACACCCAGACCCCGGCUCCGCCCCGGCCCCGCCCCGAGGGUUCAUUUGCAUGAGUCUGCGGCCCCGCCCGGGGCGGCUAAAGCGACGUGUCCUUGUCCCCCGUGGGCAGCCUCGGCGCGUGCGGCCGCGGAUCCCCAGCUCCAAGGGCCUCAUCUCCCUGCCACCACCUCCUGGGACAGCCAGUCCAGGGCCAUGAAGACCAAGAACCGGCCCCCGCGGCGCCGGGCCCCGGUGCAGGACACAGAGGCCACCCCCGGGGAGGGGACUCUCGAUGGGCCCCUGCCCAGCCCGGGCCCAGAGCCGGCCAAGAGUCUGCGGAGCCGGCCAGCCCGAGCAGCAGCAGGGCCUCGGGGCGGGGGCGAGGGCGGGCGCAGGCGGCCAGGACCGUCAGGGCCUGGGGGCCGUCGGGACAGCAGCAUCCAGCGGCGGCUGGAGAGCAACGAGCGGGAGCGGCAGCGAAUGCACAAGCUCAAUAACGCCUUCCAGGCCCUACGCGAGGUCAUCCCCCACGUGCGCGCCGACAAGAAGCUCUCCAAGAUCGAGACUCUCACACUGGCCAAGAACUACAUCAAAUCGCUGACGGCCACCAUCCUCGCCAUGUCCAGUGGCCGCCUCCCAGGCCUGGAGGGGCCGGGUCCCAAGCUCUACCAGCACUACCAGCAGCAGCAGCAGGCCGCCGGGGGUGCACUGGGGGCCAUAGAGGCCCAGCCCCAGGGUCACCUGCAGAGGUACUCCACGCAGAUCCACAGCUUCCGAGAGGGCACCUAGUGCCUGGCUGUUGAGGGGGGGGUGGCGGUGGCUGUGGUGGCCCAGCCUGCUUCUCCCAGCCCCGGCCUUCAAG